AUCAAAGGUGUGUAAAGAGCAACCACCCACAGAAACAAGCACAGAAUCCCUCGACAAACGGAUUGAAUAACACAAUAUAUUGAUAACAAUUGCAUGAGACAUGCCCUUGGGAUGAGAGUGCUUCGUGUUUGAAUGGUUUGUCAAAUGGUCGUCAUGAAAAGGUGGUCCCGGAAAUAUGGGGUCUCAUCAUAUUUGCUCAGGUUGUCUGACAGACACAACAUCAAAAUAGGAAAGGGGAAAUCAUCUUAAGACCGUCAGGCAGACAGUCGAGCACCUGAGGCCGUUCAAAGCGGAUGUGCCCUUUUGAUUUGGCAAGUUAAUGCUACAGUCAUGGAUUCCAAUAUCAAUGCCAUCUCGAGCGCCCAAGAGAUCUCAACGGGCAGUUUCAUGCUGAACAUGACCUCAACGACAGAUGAAAGCGCCUGCAGAAUGCCCCACCAGAAUCUGGCUCGAAGUCGAAAUCAUGGCUUCUUCUCCAUUGAGAGUCUCUUGGGUCAGUCCAAUGGAACUAUGAUCAAAGCCAAAAACAACAUCAUCGAUUUCAAGGACAGUGAGCCAAGUCCAAGUGACGAUGAGGAUGGGAUCGACGAAGAAGAUGAGGACGACGAAGAGGACGAGGACACGUCCAUACAAGUCGACGAUCAUGUCUCAAACCCUAGUAAAAUGCUCCAAGUUGGCAUCAAUCAUCUGCCAAAUCAACCGGUGCCAAUCAGACCCACUCCCAGGAAUCACGUCUCGUCAGAUCCUUCAGAGGACCCAGACCCAUUGUCAGCUUUGACACCUCUAUCGCCUAGUCUCACCUCCAGUCACCUUCUGUAUUCCCAAUGGUUGGCCUCGAGAAGCUCGAGUGCCUUUUUUGGCCUUCAUGCACCCAAACCCAGUGGACGGAGGGCCAGGAAGAUGGGAAUAGAUCGCAAACCGAGACAAGCGUACAGUGCCAAGCAAUUGGAAAGGCUGGAGAACGAAUUCAAGGCCGAUAAAUACUUGUCGGUUUCCAAGCGAUUGGAAUUGUCCAAAACCCUGAAUCUUACCGAAGUCCAGAUCAAGACCUGGUUCCAAAAUCGACGCACCAAAUGGAAGAAGCAGAUGGCCGCUCGCUUAAAACUGGCUCAAAGACAAGGACUCAUUCCGGCCCCGUAUUACCAGGGCCUUUUUCCUCAUAUGUUUUUACCACCCCCACCGGUUCCUCCCACUUUCCAUCUCAGUCAAUUGGAGCAUCACCUGAAUGAGCAUCAAAGUCGCCAAUUGGGCGAAAUGGGCCUACUUUCGAAUUCUCAUCGUUGUGGUAACUAGGUACUUCUUAAUCUUGGAAUCAACACAGAUGGAAGCCGAAUCUGGUUCCCAAAGAAAUUGUUGAUGCCGCCUCUUCAUUGGGAAUAGAUUUAUUGUUCAUACGGAAUCGUCGAAAAUUACAAUUUCAUUCGCUACGUA